AUGCCUUUAGAAUCAUGUAUGCUGGUCUUGGACAAUUCAGAGUACAUGCGCAAUGGAGACUACCCACCGACACGUUUUCGUGCUCAAGCCGAAGCAGUUAGCACCAUCUUCAACUCGAAAACCGAAUCCAAUCCUGAAUCAGCAGUCGGGCUGAUGACCAUGGCCGGCAAAGCCCCAUCUCUGCUUGUCACGCCUACAAACGAUUUGGGAAAGCUCUUAUCAGCUUUGAACAAAUCGACGAUUGGUGGAUUGUCCGAUUUUCAAACGGCCGUUCAGAUCGCUCAGUUGGCUUUAAAGCAUAGAGAGAACAAGAAUCAGAAGCAGAGAAUAGUGGUGUUUGUCGGAUCACCGUUAGAAGACUCUCAGGAAAGUCUGGUCAAGCUUGGAAAGAGGUUGAGGAAGAACAAUGUGUUGAUUGACGUGGUGACUGUCGGAGAGGAAGGGAUGGAGAAUGAUGAGAAGAUUGCGGCGAUGGUCGAAGCUGCUGGCGGCAACGAUCACCUUGUCUCAGUCCCACCUGGUCCUGGACUGUUAUCGGACAUUGUCAGGCAGUCUCCGAUACUGUACGAUGCGGACAGGCCGGGCGGAGAUGCGAUGGACGGAGACGACUUUGACCCAAGCAUGGAUCCAGAGCUCGCAAUGGCUCUCCGCAUGUCUCUACAGGAAGCCGAACAGAAUGCUCAACGUCAAGCGCAAGCGCAAGCCGGUCCAUCCACCUCUUCAGCUCCCGAACCAGUCCCUCAAGCCGCAGGUGCGCCCGCAGGAGCGAGCUCCUCAGCGCCGAUCCAAGUGGACAGUACACCUGCCAGCCGGCCGACUACAGGGACCAAUCCCGAUGCUAUCAUGGAGGAAGAUGAAGAGGACGAGGAUGAAAUGCUGCGAAGAGCCAUGGCUUUAUCCCGGGGAGAAGACGUCAUGAUGGGAGAGGGAGGGGAUGAUGAUGAGGAGGACGAGGACGAGGAGGCUGCCAUCGCUCGUGCCAUUGCCAUGAGUCUGGAGCAACAAGAAGGGCAGCAGGAUAAGGAGAAA